CGGCGCAGUGUCACGCCGGAAUGAGAACCACGAUACACCAACAGCUGCAGCCUCUGGCGCCGCAGCUCCCAUGCGAGAUUGCCUAGGUCGCCUCAGUUCAUCGACGUCUGAAGGCUAAAUGAAGCCACCGUCAGGCACGACAUGCCAACAGGAACCCAACCCAUAAUAACUUUGCACUCAACGCCAUCCCCGUGAUACCGUCUCGAACUGGAUCGGAUGACCCUCGCAAUCUUACCCGGGCCCAGCGACUUGACUGUGCCGCCAACUGUCAUUCCUCAUGCUGAGAACCUACGCGCGCUGUUGCUCGUUGAAUGCUCGCCCCGUGUCCGCCGUAAAAAUUACAUCGUCAAUCGCCCUUUCUCUCAAAUCACUUCAUCCGCCGUUACUCGGAUAGCUGCCACACGCGGCAAUCUGUGGAAGGGCUCAUUCGCCGAGACAUGGGCAGAUCCAACAGCCUGGAUGCGGCUGACUCCGACCAAAAUGUUCAGAAAAUUUCGGAAGAGCCCCAACAAACGCUCUCGGACAUUCAGCCCUUUUGAGAAAAACGAACAGCUUGCCAAGAAGCUCGUCGUCGGGGAUGGUGUCGUGGAGGAACGGGCCCAGGUUGAGUCCGAACAGCCAAAGCAGGACGGAACCAUCGUUGCCCCACCCACUGGCAUGCCCGUCGAGGUUCAAGGGAGUGCUUUCGUGGAGGACAUGGGUCAAUAUGAACCUGAACUGCCACAGCAGGACGAUGUCAUGGCUGUUCCGCACACGGAUAAGACACCCGAGGUGCCAGGGGGGGAUGCCGGAAAGGACGGGAGCAAGGUUGUGCCGGAACAGCCGAAACAGGACGAUCCGGCCAUUGACAAAGUCCUCGAGGUUCCAGAGCACUUCCUUUGCGAUCUUCGGGACGUCCUGGGGAAAUGCCAAGUCUCACUGGAAACUCCCUUUGAGCUCUCUGGGGAGUUGGAUGGCAAGCUCGUGUCGUAUUCCGAAGACAAGGUGAAGGAAUACGAUAUCCUGCGCCAACGAGGCACCCUCCACGAAGGCUCACUGGGUUUUGACUAUGCCUGCACCAAGAAGGCAAGCAAAACUGAGAUCGCCGCCAACGAGGUGCUGCAACAUCUCAAGAAGAACGACAUUGCGCGCUUCUACAACAAACGUGACACCGAGAGAACCGGCUAUGGCGGCCAGAAGCACAAACGCUUCUAUGGCGACCACUUCCUCUCUAACGUCGACCUCAUCGAGCAGACGCAGCUAUUCGCCCUGUGCCAGGCCAUGCCCAAGGGUGCCCACCUGCACAUUCAUUUUAAUGCCAACUUAGUGCCCAGCUUCCUGCUGGGCAUCGCAAAGGACCAGGAGCGCAUGUUUAUCUGGAGCGACACCCCCUUGGUCCAUGCUGAGGCCUUCCAUCUCUGCAGAAUACAGUUUAGCAUAAUGAACGAGGCUGCAGUGAAGGAAAGGGGAAGAGGGAAUCCGUUUGACGCCACGUAUGGAAAGGGCCAGGUGAUGCAGUUCAAGCAGUUCCUCAAGGCGUAUCCCGGGGAAGAGGAGGCGGCCCUUGACUGGCUGCAAAGGAAGCUGGUAUUUCAGGAGGAGGAAGCCCACAACUUGCUACAGACACAAACAGGUGCAUGGGAAAAGUUCAACGCAAGGACGCAGAUGAUGAAAGGCCUCUUCAACUACGAGACAGCAUAUCGAAAGUACACGCAGCAAUGUCUAAAGGAGUUUGCUGCCGAAAACAUCCAGUAUGCCGAAAUCAGGCCUAAUUUCAUGUCAUCAAACCAAGUCUGGAAGGACGACGGCUCCUACCGAAUAGACAACGUCGGCAUUAUGCGCCUGAUCAUCGAGGAAUACGAGAAGUUCCAGAAUGGCGAGAAUGGCGAGGACGGCGAAAAUGGCAAGAAGGGCCACAAACGGGACGUUGUGAAGGGGCUCAAAGUCAUCUACUGCACACCUCGCUCCUUCGACGAGAAGCAAGUCAGAGAGGCCCUGUUACAGUGCUUCCAGUUUAAGAUGGAUAAGAGGUUUUCGAAGUACAUUGCUGGUUUUGACCUAGUCGGGGAAGAGGGCGAAGGCAAACCGCUGAAAUUCUUUAGAAAGCAAUUCCUUCAAUUUCAAGCGCUCUGCAAGGCCGCCAACACGGAGAUCCCAUUUCUGUUCCACUGCGGCGAGACGCUCGACAUUGGCACCGACACCGACGGGAAUUUGAUGGACGCCUUAUUACUCGGAGCCAAGCGCAUCGGUCACGGAUUCGCCCUGCCGCGUCACCCGUAUGUCAUGGCCAAGAUGAAACAGCGCAACGUCUGCGUCGAGGUCUGCCCCAUCUCCAACGAAAUCCUCGGCCUCACGCCGCGGAUCAGCGGCCAUUCUGCAUAUAGCCUCUUGGCGAACAAUGUGCCAUGCACCAUCAGCACGGAUAACGGAACUCUGUUUCGGUGCGUUCAUAUCGCCCUCUUCUGACCUGAUACUGGCUUGGUUGCUUACCAUGCUCCUUCUACCCACAGAUCCCGCCUCUCACACGACUUCUACCAAAUCAUGGCCGGCAAAUCCGAC